AUGGUGGAUAAACCCACCCCAGACCCAUCUCCAAGGUGGCGAAUCUCCAAGGCGUGCCAGGAAUGCCGCCGGAGGAAGAUCAGAUGCGACGGCGGCAAGCCCUGCCAACCCUGCAGGCAAAGGAAGUCCGACUGUGCAUACCGCGGCUUCGUGCGCCGGCGGAAACGGAAACACGAACUCAUGUCGUCGAAGAGCCCGGGAGAGGAGGACGAUGCGCUCUCUCUGGAUCAAACAGGCACGGCGCAGUCGAAGUCUUCAGGUCGCAGUAAUGGAAAUAUCUUGCACCGCAGCGUUGCCGCAACACACAUGGCAUCGCCGUCCUGCAUCAUCCAGCUUUACUACGGCCCGACUUCCAACUUUUCCCUCAUGCAACUCAUGUACCGCCAGCUCGUCGAAGGCGUAGGCGAUGUGCCAGAGCCAGGAGGCAGCAGCGAAGUCGAAGAGGCAGGCCCCGGGUUGGAACUUUUCAGCCAUCGACGGCUCUUUUUCGGCGACCUGGCCGGAAUCCAAGACAUGUCCGUGUCAUCAACAGGCGAUUUCCCUCUGGUUUUCAUGCAUCCAUCGCUGGCGUCGCAGUACCUGGAACGGUAUCUGUCGACCACGUACUAUCUCAUGCCGUUUCUCCCCAAGGAUGAGUAUCGUCGCAGAUUGGAGCAGCUGUACGGCGAUCCGCGGACGAUGGCGCUGGAAAGCUCGGACGUUACGAUCAUGCUUCUCAUCCUGGCCAGCGGAGCGGCCAUGAUGGAGGAGGAGGAGCGAGCAGAAUUCUUGUUCAAGAAAGCAAAGGCGAAUGCAGCGAAAUUCGAGGAGCUUGUCAAUCUCCAGGCGAUCCAGAUUCCGUUGAUGAUGAUAAGUUUUGUCCUGCUGCCUUUUUCCUCAUAUAGAUUGCUGACUUUUUCUUGUCAACACGCUCAUUAUCAGUCGGAGAGGGCAAGGCCGAAUUCUUCUUUUCUGCAUCUGGGCACCGCCGUCCGCAAGGCGUUGGCAGCUGGACUGCACAAGGACACGCAUUUCCAAGUGGAACGAUCCAAAGACGACGUCGAGCAGAAGCGGACGACGUUUUGGAGUCUUUACUUCUACGAAAGUUGGAUAUGCUUGGGCCUUGGACGACCAAGCUCCAUCCCGGAAAGCGAGAUCAGUAUCCCCGAGCCAACCGAGCAGCCUUUUCUCCUUGCUCUCGUCCAGUUGUCGCGCAUCAUGUGCAAAUCUGCCCAGAAUAUCUACGGCCAGCGGCAUGAGUCGUUGUUGCCCAUGUGGAAAGCGGCGAAAGAAAUCCGUCGCGCCCUGAAGGUCUUCUCGCAGCGGCUGUGUGAUGUGAUGAACUUUUGGUUAGAAUCAUCGCCCCAGGCGGGAGAGUUGGGUGUCUGCCAAACGGUGUUAUUGUUGCUCUAUCAUAACCUUCUUCUGCUCACGUUCCGCCCGUUUCUGGUAUUCCGGGCUAGAUGGCGGCGAGAAAGAUCGUCUACUGCCAAGAAUGGUGAGCAAGAGACGCCGCCGUGGCUGGAUGAGGCGUGCGAGUAUUGUCUAGAAGCCGCGCGCUGCACGAUCCGCUAUCUUUCCGAGGCAUAUGAAGUCAACAAGCUUGUUCGGGAAAUCAAAUACCACGCCUUCUUCCUCGAAAGCGCCUGCUUCACUCUGGCCUUUGACAUGAUGCACAACAAGGAAGAAUCCGCCCUGAAACACCUCCCCUGGGUCAAAUCCGGUCUGCGAUGCCUGGCCGCCAUGCUCCCCCGGAACCUGCAGUUCUACACCCAGGUCCCGUCGACCAUGUCUGCCAUCCAGCAGAUGCUCCAAUCGGUGUUUCCCGGUUUGAAUCCGUCUGUCGUCGUCGGCGGGGGGUUGGACAGCACCAGCGGUCCAGAAGGCCAGGAUGAUAACCACCAGCACCACCACCCUGUCAACAGCGUCAGUAGUAGUGGGGCGUAUCGCGACAACGACGUCGACGGUAAUCCAUCCGCGUUUUUUAACUCACUGGGGCAGAACCUGAUGAUGACGAUGCCGACUGGUGGCAGCACGAGCACGGAAAUGAGCAACCAAGACCGUGACGAGCAACAGCAACAGCAGCAGCAGCAGCAGCAGUUGGUAGAUUUCACACAGGCAGAUCUAGGCUGGAACAUGGAUUUCUCGACAAUGGAUCUCGAAGCGUUCCUGUCGAUUGAUCCUGCUCGCGAGAUGGAGUGA